UGUAUAGGUAUUAUUCAUUAUUAUUAUUAUUCUAUGUCACACGUAUAUAUUUGGCCCUCUAUAUAUAUAUUGCUCUCUCAGAGUGAGUAAUUUGUAAGCAUAGAGCUAAAAAGUUUGUAACUUUGAGUUUUGUUUUUCAAGGGGUUUGGAAAAAAAAAGGGGGGGUCUUUUUGAAUUGAAAAAAGUUGAGAACUUUGUAAGAAAAAAUGGAGAUGGAGAGUGAUGUGAUGGUGUCAAAAUUCAAGAGGAUUUGUGUGUUUUGUGGGAGUAGUCAAGGGAAGAAGAGUAGCUAUCAAGAUGCUGCUAUUGAGCUAGGAAAAGAGUUGGUCUCAAGGAACAUUGAUUUGGUCUAUGGAGGAGGUAGCAUAGGCCUAAUGGGAUUGGUUUCACAAGCUGUUCAUGAUGGUGGUAGGCAUGUUAUUGGAGUCAUUCCCAAGACACUCAUGCCUAGAGAGUUAACUGGUGAAACAGUAGGGGAAGUGAAGGCAGUUGCAGGUAUGCAUCAAAGGAAAGCAGAAAUGGCUAGGCACUCUGAUGCUUUUAUUGCCUUACCAGGUGGUUAUGGCACACUUGAGGAGCUACUUGAAGUAAUUACCUGGGCGCAACUUGGCAUCCACGAUAAGCCGGUAGGAUUGCUGAAUGUGGAUGGAUAUUACAAUUCACUAUUGUCAUUUAUUGACAAAGCUGUGGAGGAAGGUUUCAUCAGUCCCAAUGCUCGUCAAAUCAUCGUAUCUGCACCAACAGCAACCGAGCUGGUUGAGAAACUGGAGGAAUAUGUUCCUUGCCAUGAAAGUGUUGCUUCGAAGUUGAACUGGGAGACAGAGCAGCUUGGCUACCCUCAAGUUCAAGAAAUUGCGCGAUGAAAACAAAAGGGAUUUGCAGGCAUAGAAAUGUGCAUUAGGAAUUGAAAAUACCAAACUGGAAGAAGCUAACAUGAAUGAAAUUCUUGAUUUUUGUUGUGUGGAGGGAUACCUUUUUUCUUUUGUAAAUCAAACUAGAAAUGACAAACAACAUAUGUCCCUAGUCCCUUCACAAGGAAAUCUCCUUAUUUACUACUAUAAGAUGUAAGUACUAAGAUGCAUAUGAACUUCCCUUUUAAUGUUAACUUACCAAGCUUUACUUUUUCUCCUCUUGUAUUUCUUGUUCUUUAUGAAAUAUUAUAUUUUCCUCCUUU